AUGGCUGGCGAGGACACAGAUGGUCAACAGACAGGAAGAUUCACACCCGAAGGGUCUAAAGAUGAUGAGAGUGACAACCCUUCAGACUUAUCUCAGGUCGAGCAAGCUCAUCACACGCGCCAUCGCAGUUUUAGUGACGAAGAGAGUCUUCCUGCCGAGGAUGAAGCUCUAUAUCAUGAAGAUGAAGGGGAAGAUGAAGACAUAGUAUCAGGCUCUGAAGUUGAGGACCAGUACGACGAAGACCCCGAUGCGAGUAGCGAUGAGGAGCCCGAAGCAGCAGAUUUGCCACGACAGUCCUCUACACAGCAUGAAGUAAUUGUACUGGAUAGCGAUAGUGAAGACGAACUCACCUCUGAGCAACCAGCGAAUCCGCAUUUUAUGCAUCAAGAAGCCAACACAUACCGUGAUUCAUCGACACAGUCUGAAAAUGAAGGAUUGGAUUUGGCUGAAGAUGAGGAAUCUCAAUCAGAAGCCGAAUAUUCCGAGGAUGACGAGAAUGAGCAGGCUGAAGAGUUUGGCCAGAAUGACAGAGUCCACGACAGUAAUAUGGAAGACGAGUCAUCUGUGGAUGUGUUGGCUCAAGACUAUUCUUCACAGAAGCAUUCGACCCAAGAGUCUUCAAUGCAUGAGCGGGACCACAAAGGCGAUGUUUCUGACGCCGGAUCAGAGGUGGUAUCACCAAAGGAUUAUCAUUCUGACAACGUUAUCAAAACCGGUGCAAACACGGAAACGGUCAUUGGCCUAGACUCCGACGAGGAUAAAUCCAGCGAGGUCGGUGAGAUUGCUCCCUCUCGAGAAGACUCGGCAUCUGCCAGUCAAAUAGAGAAGGCUUGGUCUGGUGCGGAGCCCAAGCCAACGGGUCUACAUGGAUGGGAUGGCACGUACGAUGAACGUUCAGAUGAAAGGGCGCCUUUGGGUGACAUUCAAAUCGGCAAUGAGGCAGCAGAAACUACCUCGGCGCAAUCCACCUGGCCGCAACUUUUGACCCCUGAUCCUACUCAGGAAGUGAAUGACUCCCAGGCCACUGUGAACAAGGAGAGGACAGUAGAACCUUCUCCUUCAGCACCGGAAUUCGCUCCAAGUACAUCGGAUCACCCAUCUGAGAAUGUUGUGGCCACAUCACUCCCAGAGCAGGUAUUUUCAUCAGAAGACGUGCCUGAUGAGAAACUCGCAGGUGAUCCGCUCGUUGUUAUACCAACCACCGAAACCAUUCAGCUCGAAGAACAGUCCAAAGCUACUCAGGGAGAAACUCGGGAAGCCCCAGCAGUUGUUGUCAGUCAAUUCCCGGCUCCUGAUCGCCAUGCCCAUGGACUACGCAGUAAACUAUCUUACUUCGCUCCACUCGCCACUCUUAUCGACCAUUUUAGUGCUUUAGUGGACACCAUCUCAAUUGUUCACGAAGUAUCCCCAAUUGCCAAAGCAACUUCCGGUCCAAAAGACUAUUUCAUGACCAUCCAACUUACCGAUCCAUCUAUGGCUGGUACCGUUCUUCAAGCCCAGAUAUUUCGACGCUACAAGACUGCAAUGCCGGUACUGGUUGAAGGAAACGCAGUCUUGCUCCGAAAUUUCAAAGUUUGCAGUUUUGACCACUCGAUCACGCUGGUCAGUGUUGAAUCCAGCUCAUGGGCUGUCUUCGAUGGUUCCGGACCAAAAGCACAAGUUAAUGGUCCUCCCGUUGAAUAUCGCUCGGAGGAGUUAGCCUAUGCAUCUGGCUUGCGAAAGUGGUACGCCGAUUUCGGCGCAAGCAUGGUUGCCGACCAUCAGCUCCAAGCGUCCAUCCUAAGUGAGAGCGUGGAAAGAGAGGGCAGUGCCAUGAUAAGUGAGUCUGGGAGUGUAGACUCGGUAUCCUGUGGGGAUCCGCCGUCCUCUGCUCGAAGCUCACGACGCUCGCGUAAGAGUCACCGGCAAGUCACCAUCCAUGAACUCCGCGAUGGCCGACGCUACACGGAGGUUGGAUCUCCCAGCUCCAAAGAAAGCAUUCAUGAAUUGCGUGACGGCACACUUUAUGCCAAUCUGUAA